AGGGUAGUAUACCCACCGGCAUCCAUACACGCACCCAGAGGAUCCGGAGAGUACGUCAUGGCUACCUAGCUAGCGAGCUAGUACGUCAUCGGAACUGCCGGCAGCGCUCAUUGCUUGCUUGGCGCCUCUCAUCUUAGCCAGAGCUGCAGAAGCAGAACAUCGCCGAGAUUGAAAGUUGCAGUCAUGUCUCUGGUGAUGGCGGCGGCGGCGGUCCUCCCUUCCUGCGGCGCGUUCGGUGCCCCGACGGCGGCGGCGGCGGCGGCGACCACGCCUCCUUGCACGUGGAGCAGGAGGAGGAGGAGGGCCUUGUCCCCGGUGGUGGCCAUGGCUUCGGCGGCCCAGGUGAGGGCUCCCAACAAGAAGCCCUUCGCCCCUCCCCGCGAGGUGCGGCGGCCGGUGACGCACUCUCUGCCGCCGCAGAAGCGUGAGAUCUUCGAGUCGCUGGACCCAUGGGCGGCGGACAACAUCCUGCCGCUGCUCAAGCCCGUGGAGAGCUCCUGGCAGCCGCAGGACUACCUGCCCGACGCGUCCUCCGAGGCGUUCGUCGACGAGGUCCGCGAGCUCCGGGCCCGCGCCGCGGAGAUCCCCGACGACCUCCUGGUGUGCCUAGUCGGCGACAUGGUCACCGAGGAGGCGCUCCCCACGUACCAGACCAUGCUCAACACCCUCGACGGCGGCGUCCGCGACGAGACCGGCGCGAGCCCCACCAGCUGGGCCGUCUGGACCCGGGCCUGGACCGCCGAGGAGAACCGCCACGGCGACCUCAUGAACAAGUACCUCUUCCUCACCGGCAGGGUCGACAUGCGCCAGGUCGAGAAGACCAUCCAGUACCUCAUCGCCUCAGGAAUGGAUCCGAAGACGGAGACGAACCCGUACCAGGGGUUCAUCUACACGUCGUUCCAGGAGCGGGCGACCUUCAUCUCGCACGGCAACACGGCGCGGCACGCGCGGCGGCACGGCGACGCGGCGCUGGCGCGGGCCUGCGGCGCCAUCGCCGCCGACGAGAGGCGGCACGAGACGGCGUACGAGCGGGUCGUGGGGAAGCUCUUCGAGGUGGACCCGGACUACACGGCGCGGGCCUUCGCCGACAUGAUGCGCAAGAAGGUGGCCAUGCCGGCGCACCUCAUGACCGACGGCCGGGACGAGGACCUCUUCGCGCGGUUCAGCGCCGUCGCGCAGCGGCUCGGGGUGUACACGGCGAGGGACUACGCCGACAUCAUCGAGUUCCUCGUCCGGCGGUGGGGCGUCGCCGACCUCACGGGGCUCUCCGGGGAAGGGCGCCGCGCGCAGGAGUUCGUGUGCUCGCUGGGGCCAAGGUUCAGGAGGCUGGAGGAGAGGGCGCACCACAGGGCAAAGGAAGCGCAGUUCGCGCCAUUCAGCUGGAUCUACGACCGACAAGUUCAGCUCUGACUGACUCACUCUCAGUCUCAGAUUGAUCGAUUUGACAAGUUCAUCAUCAGCUUCAUCAGAUACUGAGCUAGCUGGUGACCCUUAAGAAAUUGCUGUAAGAGAACUUUUUCUUGUUUUGGUCUAUUGGACGCUAUAGCAUGAUAGAAUGCAUGCACGUUUGUUCAUCCUCCCUGAUUUCUGUUCAUGCAUUCCCUGCCCAGCUCUAGUCAAAGGCACACGGCGAAGCGUUUUUACGAGUUCAUACGACGUGGAUCUCGGAUGUUCAAAAUUGUAUGAGCUUGAGUAUAUAGUUCAUCAUGCCAUAGAAGAGAAUUUCUUAAGCAAUGUACUUGAAAGAUCGCCGCAGCAAUGCACUUGAGCAAUACAUGGAUGUAAACUGUAAUAAUCCGUGAAAUCUGUUACUUACAAAUAGAUCCACGCCAUGUUCAACACAAGGACGCCCAGUCACUUCAUAAUCUUUUUUUUAUGAAACAGUCACCUCAUAAUUGCAUGAGCUUGAGCAUUAGUUCAUCUUGAUCAU